UCGAUGUUUGCUUUGUUGUUUUCACUUUGUUGAUUUUCUUUAUAAUUUUUCUAAUUUUGUAAAAUAUUUAUAUUCGUAGAUUUAUUGUAUUGUAUCAAAAACUCGUUCGCUAUGCAAUUGGCUUUCCGGAUUGCCGGAUGGUUCGGCUUAGUUUCUGUAAUUAUAAUUAGUUUGUUUGGCUUUGGAUGGUAUAUAACAUUCCUCUCCUUUUUGGUAUUUUUCGUUGUUGGUAUCAUCACAGUGUUAUAUUACAACUAUGAUAGUAAGAAAAUAUUAGUUAAUUUGAAUGAUCUUGAUGAUCCAUUACAACAAACAGACUAUAAUAUUAAACUCUCUAAGGUAAUAGAAUUAUUUGAUAAGGAUACGAAUUUACCAAAAUUUGAUAGCAGAAUUACUGGCAGUGAGAUUGUGGAUACUUUCAUAAAUGAAAUAAUAGCAAUAAUAGUUAAUGACUAUGUGACUCCAUGGUAUGAAAUAUUGACUGAUGAUGUGGAGUUUACAACACACGCCAUCAAUCAAUUGGUGGUGGCUACAGGGGCCAAUUUAGCAAACAGAAUAAAAUGUGUGGAAUGGACUGACAUCCUUUCUACAAGGUUUCCAGAAGAGUUCACAACACAUUUGAAACUAUUCAAACAAUCGAGAGUUAGGUUAAAACACAUACAGUUACAGAAUUCAAAAGAUGUUACAAAUGGUAACAUGAGGCCCAGCCCAAAGAAAGAGGAGAAAAAGACUCACAGAAGAAAUAAAAGUGACACUGAUUUACCUUGGGGUCUUGAUGGACAAACAUUCGGCAAAUCAAAGUUUUACGACAGUGCCGAAAAUAUAGAUGGGAAAUCGUUAACAGAUUUGUUUUUUGAUUUAGAAUGUUCAAUGGAAAAUAAACAAAUUUGUCGUGACUCGUUUUGUAUUGAUUCCGAAAGAGAAUAUGCUUUACUCAACGAGGUUUCUGAAGCUGUACUUUAUUUAAUUACUCCUGAAGCCACAUGGAAGUGUCAUGCAUUGAAGUUGAUCCUUAUCGAUCUAUUAUCAUCUAUUGUCCUUCGUCCAAUAAUGAAUCUUCUUAGUGACCCUGACAAUAUAAACAGAGCAAUAAUAAAAAGUUGUGUUCGCGACUCAACAUUGUCUUCUGAAUUGUUUCUGUUAGUGAUAAGAAGUUGUGGUGAUGCAGAGGAAUUGGACGCAACACUGGAAUUAGUUCAGAAAGACAUACAAAAAUUGCAUUCAAAGGAUAGUGCUGGUGAAUGGGAGCUUCAAGAUCGACAGAAGCUCUCAUCAUUGCGAUAUUUGACUAGGAUCAUACAGGCAAGAAGGGCCACUCUGGGACCACAGGAAGGAUCAAGCACGACCAAUACAGAGAAAGUAUCUGAAGAAGUAUCGAGAACGUUGAAAUUUUUGAGAGAGACAACAGCAUGGCGCUCCAAUGCACAGUACUUGCUUGAAAUAGAGGUCAACGAUGAUGAUGCGCCAUACACAUCAAAAGCGGUUCUGGACAACCUAAGGUCUUCAGCUCUAGAACUGUGCGACUCGUACCUAGCACCAAACAAGCCCACUGUAAUGGGUAUACCUGAGAAUUGCUAUUCGGAGCUGGUGAGGAAAAUAACGAUGGAAGGCGAGGAGUUCACCAACAACCCAGCGGCCUGUUUUGACGAUGUGCAAAAAUGCGUCUGCGUUGCUUUAGAGGACGAUCCGUCGUGGCAAUCUGAUUUCAUGAUGGACACCGAAGAUAACGCAGACAGAAAUUACAGUGAUUUAAAAAAAGACGACAAGCCCGAUAAUAGAAAAUACGGUGGCGAUGUGCUUCCGCUACCAACCUCAAGACACAACCGUUCAAGAUCCGACAUAGUUGGUAACUUCGCUCAAAAAAUGAUCAACGAAGGAGCAGGUCCAUCAAGUUUGAUAUCAGCGAAUACAAGCAAUCUGUCUUUAUCACACUCAGAGAUCAGCAAAAAUGCCAAAAAUAUGAUGUCACCAUUGUCAGCAUGUAUUAUUGAAACUGCACUCGUACAAGAGAAAGGACGCACGUUCGGUACAUACGCCAUAGCAGUUACAAGGCUCUCCGACAAUGCGGUGUGGCAUAUUUAUAGGCGGUACAGUGACUUCUAUGAUCUGCAUACUUCAAUCAAAGAAAAGUGGUCAGAGCUAGGAAACCUUCCAUUCCCAGCCAAAAAAACCUUCCAAAACACGUCACGCGCGGUACUCGAGAGUCGUAAGAAGAUACUAAACAGUUACCUACAGAAGCUUGCGAACUUAGCUCAAGAGACGAGGUAUACUGCGCUAUUGUCCGAGGAAUAUUUGGGUGGUUUCCUUAGUGAAGAGAUCCAGGCAGAGAAACAUAAUAACACGAUCGAUGCGCUUUUUGUAAAUCCAUUAAAAGCUGGAAUGAGGACGCUUAAAAAUAUGCCCGAUCAAUUUGUAAACACUGUCGACGGCGUUAUGGAUGGUAUAUCGAAGGUGUUUCAAGGGAAAAGCGAUAAUUAUAGUGAUAACUUAAAAAGUGGCAGCUCUUCUGAAGGACAAGAGCGUCAUAUGCACAAGACACAUUUAAACAUCCGGAGCCGAUUGGCUGAUACUGCAGCGAAGUGGAAGGAAUCCACCCAUAUAGCCCGACCCCAGUGGCUGCCUCAACGGUGGCCGAUUCGGGUGGCAGGUUUUCGGAACGGUGGAGGGGAUGGGGAUGAAAGUGUAGCGCUACGGUUGUUAGAAGAAGUACUGGGAAUAAGAGGACUUUGGCUGAGACGUCGUCUACUUGCUCCGCUGAGAACUCUCAUAUCGGAUCGUGUGGAUAAGAAAGUUCGAGAAUUAGUGACAUCAUUGACAUCUCCAAGAAAUGUUGUAAAAUAUUUAAAGAAAUUUAAGCAGUGGUUAACGCAAAGGAAUAAUGUGAGUUACGUGACCAGAGACUCGGCUACUAAGGCUAGGACACGUGUUGCUGCUAAAGUUGCUCUUCUCGGUGCCUGCACAGAUGAUCUGCGUCAUAUUGCCGGUUCGGAUACUGCACGAAGAGGUUUGCUGACUGUAUUCGAUUUAUUUCAAACCCAAGAGAUAAAUCGGAGGCUUAUAUUAGUACUGUUAGAAGCGAUAUUAACGAAUCUGUUUCCUGAUAAUAAUAUACAAGACCUAUUCAAGAAGCUGUAUUCAAAUUCUUCCAGAGUACCAGUUCCAAAGAAAUCAGUAAACAUAUGAACUAAUUAUGUUCACAAAAUGUAAAAUAGAAAUGACAGCUACAUAUUUAAUUUUUAUUAAAUAUGCAUACGCGACCAUUGUGCCAAUUACCUUUUUGGUAAAUUGUAUUCUAUCUUUAAUUAAUCAUUUAUAUGUGUCAUAGAUGACUCAAAGUUUUUAUCUAUCUAUCUUUAGUAACCUUGGUUACUAAGUAUUGUAGAUAGUCGUGAGCGCUUUGAGAUUGACGACGUGGAAUAGUCGUCAGGAAUGGUAACGCAUGAAGGGUGCUAUGGGCGUCACAGUGUAUUUUGUGAUGUUCUGGUGUAUUAGAUAAUUUAUAUUAAUAUAUUUUUGUACAUUUGUAAUGGAUAAACUCAAAAACUACUCAACCGAUUUUGAAAAAUAAAACUAGAGAUUCCUACGAACUUUACAAUGAUGUAAUCCCAAGUAUCAAAGAUUUGCUUAUUAAAGCUAAUACAAAAUACUAAUUUAUAUUUGUAUCUACUCGUGUGAAGCCGGCGGAUCAUUACGAUUAUAUGUUUUAAAAGUAAUAUAUAAUUUAUAAUUAUAUUUUUAUUUUGUAUUUUAUAAUUUAAAAGAGGUUAGUUGUGAGUUUCGUAUUAUAAUGUGGCAUGAGUUGUGAUAUCUUAAUAGUGUCUAAGUCAACACUUGUAUACCUGAAAGUAUUGUACCUGUAAUAUUUGGGGUAUACUGUAGUAAAAUUUAUUUUAGUUGAAUUAUACAAUCUUGAAAUGCCCAAUUGUGUGCUUUUCUAAAGUGUAUUUAUUUAUAUAAGUUAGUAUAGGUAAUUGACUUUCUUUGUGGGAAUAAAACUAUGGAAAAGUAAUAAAGCUUUGAGGCUAUUGAUGAUACAUUAAUUGUUACUAAUAGUGCCUUGCAUUCACUCACAUUUUAGAGGAAGCUUCUCUCAUAUGACAAUAUUAAGUGUAAAACUAUUGCAUGAUUUAUUUUAUACUAUAAGUUGAGAUUUACUAUGAUAAAAAUUUAAAUGCAUUUUAAUUUGUCAAGAAGAAGAUUAGUCAAGAGAGCAUCUUUUUAUUUUUAAAUUUAAAAAUGGGAAUUUUUAGUCCGCUUUAUCUGUCAGUUUAAAAAAAAUCUGUAACUCUAUUGGUCUUGCGGUAUGAACUCUCUUAACCUUUGGAACUUGAAUAAUCAAUGCAUAUAAAAAUAAUGCAAGAUUACUUGUAAAUAGAUUAAAUUUAUAUAAUAAAUUAAAUAAAUUUAUAAGUACAUAAUUUUUAAAAUAUUUGUUUGACCAACUAAUGUGACCAAAAUAGUUUUUAUAUUGUAGAUCUGAACCAUAAAAUACUGUUUACUGAACGUGAUCCUGUUUACUAAAUAUUUCUAUUGUGUAAUCUUAAAAUAUUUUUCUUCACUUUUGCUUUUUUGUUAUUGUGUAAAAAGUAUUGGAAAGGGUAACCUAAAUGGAUUGAGUUAGUACUAUUAUAAUUUUUGUUUUUCUAUUUCAUACAGACUUAAAUUAAAAAUUUGAAUAUAACCUGUAGUUUGUCACAUCGAAAAAAGUGUUAUCACAGGUUUAUCGUUUCAAUGUGGAAUUUUGCCAAAAUAUCAGAAUUGAUUUUAAAAUUAUUUCUAGGUAAUUUUCUAUCAUCAAUAAAGCCAUUGUUUACUUUUUAUGUAAAUAUACUUUCACAUCACACACGUGAUACGAAUUAUCUACGUUAACAUGGCACGCCUCUUCAACUUUUUACUUCAACGUGAUACUCUUUUUGUGUUUGUGAGAGAACGUCUUCGGUAGCGAUCUGGUCAGAUGAGUAUUAUAUUCCUUGGUCGAAACCUUGUAAAUAUUUUAAUUCUUUGGAUUUUGGAGGGGCGUGGCAUGUAAGUGUAGACAAUAUUUUUUAUUUGUACUCCAAAUCGUCGAGUUUGAAGGUAUUUUUCUCUUAUGAAUAAUAAUAAAAGGACGAACAAUUCAGUAUUAGAGCAAUAAUUUUUAUACACUGCUAAAAUGUUAGAUUUCAUAAUUUCAAACAUAUCAAUGGUCUUGUUUUAUAGUUUAUUUUUAAUAUAAAUACAGAUUAUACAUUCCACCUGUAUGUACCUACUGUUUGAAAAAAUAGCCGUUUGUUGUACUAUAGAUAAGUAUUUAUUUAAUUAUUGUAGUAAUAAAUUUUUAAUUAU